AUGUAUACUUUCGAGGACUUCCUUCGAGACUCAAAAGGUCUCCGCCUGGAACCCAAGCAAGGUCCCCCCCCAUUGUCUACGUGCGAGCUCUCGCAGACUAUUCCAUCUGGUGGGAGGCCCCCGAUGAUGUGUUGGGCACAGUGGCACACUGGCUUGUAUACAAGCUCAAGGAAAAAAACCGACCGCAGAGUGUUACCAUCCACUUCAGAUACCAACCCAAUGGUGGGCAGUCUAGAGCAAGCGGUCCAAACGAUGCGGAUGGAUGACCUCAAGACUGUGGUGCUCCCUUACCUGGAAGAGCACUUCGCAGCAGACUUUGAGCGCAUCUCCAGCGCGCUCAAAGAGGUUGAAGGCGUUCAGCCCCCUGGUCUCUGUCCCGCCCAAGACAACUACAAAUGGGCCCAACUGCUCUGGCACUUGAGAACCCGCUAUGCAGCUUGGAGGUUGGAGAACAAACCUCCCGUAAUUCCCUGCGAGACUUUCCCCGAGGCGUAUAAAGAACGCAAAACUUCUAUAGAGGCAGGCAAGUGGGAGGAUGAUGACAUCGUAGUAGUGCCGGUGUCAGGGAGCAAAUUCCUGCCUUGGGAGCUGUCCAUGCUAAAGCAUGUGCGUCCGGACCACAAAAUUGUGGCCAAUCCGCAGCAGCCUGAAGAGGAGGUGGCCGUUUCUGGUUAUUAUGACCCCUUCAGAGCGAUCGGCAGCACCUUCCUGAAGCUUCCCAAGCUCCCAGACUUCCCGACUGGAUCGACAGCAUCCAAUCAGCUGCCUGCGACUUCUUGCACCCAGUCGAGGGUCCCCCAGACAGCAUUGCCAACACCGCCAUCCAGGGUCACUUACCAUCCGACUGUGGUUGGUCAGCCAGCACCGCCGUCCACUCGCACGGCCUCAAGCGCUUCACGCAUUCCUUUUGCUGUGGGAGAUGGCCUAGAUCCGGUCAGGGAGUACAUAAGGCUUUACCGCCUCCACUCAAGUGACAUAAACCGUCUCAAUGUUGAGCAACGAGAGGACCUUAAGCGAGGAGUGCCUCAUGAUAGGCCUGUGAUGGCAGGCCAAAGGUUUUUUGAGACGCGUUCAAAAGCAGAGCUGGCGAAGUUCGCCAGCCUAAUACCACGUGCUCCCACCCCGCUGCGUGCCGCAGUGGAGUCAAUAGCCAGCGUUUACGGGACCGAUGAUAUCGAUGGUCUCGCGUGGUAUCUCGCGUGCAAACUCUGGCUGAUGCGCAGCCAGGUGCAAGUGACCCAGGAUGGCGGCGAAUUGUACGUCAGUCAAAGAAACUAA